GAAGACCAUGUGGCGUUUUUAAUAACGGUUCCCACUGCCCUGGCGAUCUUCUUUGCGAUAUUUAUCCUUGUCUGCAUCGAGUCUGUGUUUAAGAAGCUGCUCCGCCUUUUCUCUUUGGUGAUAUGGAUGUGUCUUGUUGCCAUGGGAUACCUGUUCAUGUGUUUCGGGGGCACCAUCUCUCCUUGGGACCAGGUGUCCUUCUUUCUCUUCAUCAUCUUUGUGGUGUACACCAUGCUGCCCUUCAACAUGCGGGAUGCCAUCAUCACCAGCGUCCUCACGUCCGCGUCGCACACUGUCGUGCUCAGCGUCUGCCUGUCUUCAACGCCGGGGACCCGGGAGCAUCUCGUCUGGCAGAUACUGGCCAACGUGGUCAUUUUCAUCUGCGGGAACCUGGCGGGCGCCUACCAUAAGCACCUCAUGGAGCUGGCCUUGCAGCAGACGUAUCAGGACACUUGUCAUUGCAUCAAGUCCCGCAUCAAGUUGGAAUUUGAAAAACGUCAGCAGGAGCGUCUUCUCCUCUCCUUGCUGCCAGCUCACAUAGCCAUGGAAAUGAAAGCCGAGAUCAUCCAGAGGCUGCAGGGCCCCAAAGCGGGCCAGAUGGAGAACACUAACAACUUCCACAACCUGUACGUCAAGAGGCACACCAACGUCAGUAUCUUAUACGCCGACAUUGUUGGGUUCACCCGGCUGGCAAGUGACUGCUCCCCAGGAGAACUCGUCCACAUGCUGAAUGAACUCUUUGGAAAGUUUGAUCAGAUUGCAAAGGAGAAUGAAUGCAUGAGAAUAAAGAUUCUGGGAGACUGUUACUACUGUGUGUCUGGCCUCCCCAUAUCGCUCCCCAACCACGCCAAGAACUGUGUCAAAAUGGGACUGGACAUGUGUGAAGCCAUCAAGAAAGUGAGGGACGCCACUGGAGUUGACAUCAACAUGCGUGUGGGCGUGCACUCUGGGAACGUGCUCUGUGGUGUGAUUGGGUUGCAGAAGUGGCAGUAUGAUGUGUGGUCACACGACGUCACACUGGCCAACCACAUGGAGGCUGGAGGAGUCCCCGGGCGUGUUCACAUUUCUUCGGUGACCUUGGAGCACUUGAAUGGAGCUUACAAGGUGGAAGAGGGAGACGGUGAUAUCAGGGACCCGUAUUUAAAACAGCACCUGGUGAAAACCUACUUUGUCAUCAACCCCAAGGGAGAACGACGGAGCCCCCAGCACCUCUUCCGACCUCGCCACACCCUGGAUGGAGCCAAGAUGAGGGCGUCUGUGCGCAUGACGCGGUACUUGGAGUCCUGGGGAGCAGCCAAGCCCUUCGCACACCUGCACCACCGGGACAGCAUGACCACCGAGAAUGGCAAGAUUAGCACCACGGAUGUACCGAUGGGUCAGCAUAAUUUCCAGCAUCGCACGUUAAGAACCAAGUCACAAAAGAAAAGAUUUGAAGAAGAAUUGAAUGAAAGGAUGAUUCAAGCCAUUGAUGGAAUCAAUGCUCAGAAGCAGUGGCUCAAAUCUGAAGACAUCCAGAGAAUCUCGCUGUUUUUCUAUAAUAAAAUACUGGAAAAAGAAUACCGAGCAACGGCCCUGCCAGCGUUCAAGUACUACGUGACCUGUGCCUGCCUCAUCUUCUUCUGCAUCUUCCUCGUGCAGAUCCUUCUGUUACCCAAAACGACCGUCCUUGGAAUUUCCUUUGGAGCUGCGUUUCUCUCGCUCACCUUCAUCCUGUUUGUCUGCUUCGCUGGGCAGCUUCUGCAAUGCAGUAAGAAGGCGUCCACCUUGCUCAUGUGGCUCCUGAAGUCAUCGGGCAUCAUCGCCAACCGGCCCUGGCCACGGAUCUUCCUCACUGUCAUCACCACGGCCAUCGUCCUGACCAUGGCUGUGUUCAACAUGUUUUUCCUGAGUGAUCCAGAAGAAGCUGUGGCUUCAGCUGCCAAUACAUCCAACACAAGUUUUCCUGCCUCCAGCGAUCAGGCGGCUAUUCUUCAUGCACAAAAUUUGUUUUUCCUCCCGUACUUUAUAUACAGCUGCAUCCUGGGACUGAUCUCCUGCUCGGUGUUCCUGCGGGUGAACUAUGAGUUGAAGAUGCUGAUCAUGAUGGCCGCCUUGGUGGGCUACAACACUAUCCUGCUCCACACUCAUGCCCACGUGCUGGACAGCUACAGCCAGGUCUUAUUCCAAAAACCAGGCAUUUGGAAGGACCUGAGGACCAUGGGCUCGGUGUCUCUCUUUGUAUUCUUCAUCACACUGCUUGUUCUGGGUCGGCAGAAUGAAUAUUACUGUAGGUUAGACUUCCUGUGGAAGAACAAGUUCAAAAAAGAGCGGGAGGAGAUCGAGACCAUGGAGAACCUGAACCGCGUGCUGCUGGAGAACGUGCUUCCCGCCCACGUGGCCGAGCACUUCCUGGCGCGGAGCCUGAAGAACGAGGAGCUGUACCACCAGUCCUAUGAUUGUGUCUGCGUCAUGUUUGCCUCCAUCCCGGAUUUCAAAGAAUUUUACACCGAAUCAGAUGUGAACAAGGAGGGCUUGGAGUGCCUUCGGCUCCUGAACGAGAUCAUUGCCGACUUUGAUGAUCUAUUGUCCAAGCCGAAAUUCAGUGGAGUUGAAAAGAUCAAGACCAUCGGCAGCACGUACAUGGCAGCAACGGGUCUGAGCGCAGUGCCCAGCCAGGAGCUCGCCCAGGAGCCCGAGAGGCAGUACCUGCACAUCGGCACCAUGGUGGAGUUUGCCUUCGCGCUGGUGGUGAAGCUGGAGGCCAUCAACAAACACUCCUUCAACGACUUCAAGCUGCGAGUGGGUAUUAACCACGGGCCUGUAAUCGCUGGUGUAAUUGGCGCUCAGAAACCGCAGUAUGAUAUCUGGGGCAACACCGUCAAUGUGGCCAGUCGGAUGGACAGCACAGGAGUCCUGGAUAAGAUACAGGUGACCGAGGAAACGAGCCUCGUCCUCCAGACCCUGGGGUACACCUGCUCCUGUCGAGGGAUAAUCAACGUGAAAGGCAAAGGGGAGCUGAAGACGUACUUUGUGAACACGGAGAUGUCCCGAUCUCUCUCCCAGAGCAACGUGGCGUCCUGA